UGACAGCCACAGGAAAAUAAAGUAUGUUUUGGUACAAUUAUGAUUGAAGAUAUGUUUGAGAACCAUUUUAAAUUUAAAUAUAACCACUGAUGUACAAUUUUAAACAAAUCAGACUUAAUGUCAACAGAUGGCAUUUUGUACUUUCGGUUUCUACAACCAUAAUAAUAAAUAUAUAAAUAAUGUUUUGUUUACUUUUAUAUCUAUAAAUUUACUUAUUUUAGGCAGACAUUUAAAUUGAUAUAUUGGAUAAAAACUCCAGCAUUAAAUUUUUAUUUGUUUACAUGUGUCCUUAUCCGAAGACUGACGGAAAGGGCCGAAAAUUUGCGAUUUGAAAAUCAGCCACGAAACAAGGAAGUUAAAACUUCAGCUGAAAAAUGGCCGUAGACGGGCGUAAAUUAAACCAAUCUUUGUAUCAAGGAUCGGAUAUAGAACAUGAUUUUCCGUGUUCUCCUUGUACUAAAGAAGGGAAGAAUGUGGCUGCUAUCAAACAUUGUGUGGAAUGUGAUGAAAAUCUGUGUCAAAAAUGUUUAGGUGAUCACAAUAAGUUUUCAGUAAUGAGAGGACAUCAGUUACUAGACACGGUAAAACAGCUGAGCGGGAAAAAGCAGGAAUUACCAAGUCAGAGAUGUGAGAGACACGGAGGAAAAUUGAUAGAUGUCUACUGUCCUGGUCAUGAUAGGGUUGGCUGCUCAACGUGUAUGACCGUUGAACACAGUGGUUGCAAAGGUAUAAGUUACAUACCAGACAUAGCGUGUAAAACUGAAACCUCCGAGAAACUAAAACUUCUUGAAACUGAAGUAAACAUUCUACAGUCUCGUUUCCAUGCCUUAAAACAAAACAAGCAGAAAGAACUAGAAAAUGUGAAGACAGAAAAACGUCGAUUGAUUAAAGAAAUAAAAUCAGAAAGGAAGAAAAUUAACGACCAUUUGGACAAGAUGGAACAGGAACUUCUUCAGGAAGUGGAUGUGACCUUUCAGACCAAACUGCAACAUAUAGAGUCUAUUAUGAAACAAGUUGAUGAGAGGAUCGCUGUACUACAAGAAAGUCUGAAGAAGAUAAAUGCAGCUAAACAGGAAAACGAAUCUGAGAAAUAUGUACAGAUCAAAUUUGUCAGGGAGAAGAAGAAAAUUGCAGGCAAAAGUUUAGAAGAGUUGGAGAGGUCUAGAAAAACAGGCACCAUACGAUUUGAGCCAUACAGACCAUCGCCUGAUUCAGAAUGCAACACCAUUGGGAAUGUACUUCACUUUCCAAUGAUUGAAGUAGACAAGUGUGCUGAAUUUAAUGCGCGACUUAAGUAUGACAAGGAGUUAUGCAAAAUUUAUGGCAUGUGCAUGUGUGAAGACAGAUGCAUUAUUAUGACCGAUUAUAACAAUAAAUGUGUAAAGAAAAUGAAUGAUUCCUUCCAGAUCGUAUCUUCGCUGAAAGUCGAUGAUAAUCCUGGUGGUAUUUGUCAGAUAGACUCGUCACUGCUGGCUGUUACUCUGAUGAAUGACAAGACAGUUCAGUUUAUCUCCCAGACAGAACCAAUGAAGUUACAACAGUCCUUCAAAGUCGGUGAUAGAUGUCGGGGUAUUGCAUACAAUGACGGGAUGAUUUAUGUUUGCUGUGGCGGAUAUAAGGAUCGUGAUGAAGGCAUUGGCCAUCUGGAGGUAUAUACUGUUUCUGGGAAAUUGAUUUUAUCUCAUUAUAAUGAGAUUACAUGGCCUGCAUAUAUAACGAUUUCAAACACUACUAUGGAGGCAUUCGUGACCGACGUAAAUAAAGGUAUCAUUAACAUCAAUAAAAACGGAAGCAUGAAGCCCAUAACUGUAGAUAACAAAAUAUUCAUGAAUCCUAGAAAUAUUUGUAAGAUAAACAAAAGUCAGUAUUGUGUUGGUUUUUAUACGACACACAAUUUUCUUUUGAUGUCACAUGACGGGAAGGAUCAGGUAGAACUCCCAAUAAGAGAAGAUGGUUUAAAAAAUCCUAUCUGUUUAUGUUUUGAUAACAAAACUUCAAGACUUGCAGUCUCCUACUGGGAAAGUGACAAAAUCAUGGUUUAUACUUUAAAGAUAAGUGACUGAUUUGUCAUAAAACAAAGUACAUUGUACCGCUAACGUAAAAAAGGUGUAUCACUGAAAACGUUUGUUAUUGGUAAAGAAGUGGCGAAAUAUAUUUUUUAUUAUGAACUAUAUACAAUCCACUUACUUUAUAUAUGUACCUAUAUAUAUGUCAGCAUUUUAUAAAUGCAUAUUGUUUUUAAAAUGAUUACGAGUGUGCCUCAUUGUUUAAUUAGAUUACUAGUACUUUAAAAUAAGAACACACAGUAUAAUAUACUAACAUGUUAAUAAAGCAACAGGCUGAUUCCAUAUUAUAAUCUUUAUAUCUAUUUUCUGACAUCUGUUAUAAGAAAUUUUGUUUCAAGAAGUUGCAGUAGUAAUAUCUGUCCCGUUUCAAUACAAUCAUGAGAAGAGAACCUGAACGAUUUGUAAAU